AUGACAAAGAAUAAAAAGGAAACUCCCACGACAAAGGAGAAACAAACUCCACAAGAAGGAGGGAAGGUGAACCGGUCAAGAAGCAAAAAUGCACAGAGACAAGAGGCAGAGGAAAGCGUCGAAAUGCAAAAUUCACAGAGUAAAUUGAAAAAAAGUCGCGAAGAGGAGGAGAUGGCCCGGUUAAGGGAGGAACUUUACCAGGAGAGACGAAGGAAAGAGGAUCUGGUCAGGGAACGAAUAAGGUUAGAAAGGCAAAACGAAAAGAUGAUUAUCAGAAAUAAUCAUUUGAAAAGGAAGCAAGCAGAGAGUAAUAUGCAGGAAGAGAGAUAUGUUGUGGGAGAAGCACGAACUAAAGAAAGACAUUAUGUGCAAAAACGAGAAGGCCUGGGGCGAGGUGAGCAUAAGGAGCGAGAAGAUUUGAAGAAGGCCAUAGAAAGCAGCAGAAGAGAAUUCAGAGAAAGGGAAUAUCGAAUGCAACAAUCAAUAGCAGUUACUCAAGGAAGAAACAAUAUCCCCAAGGAAAGGAGAGAAAGUGGUUUGCAAAUGGUAAACAAAUGCUCAAGGAAUGAACCGUGCAAUCCAUAUAUAACAGCGCUAUUCUCAUUAAGGCAGAAAGAGAAUGAGAGCUUGCAAAGUCUCGUCGCGAGAUGGGAAGCAGUAUGCAAAGAAUUGAAGGGAAGAAUCUCGGAAGAGGAGUUGGUGCGAUCAUUCAUCUAUGCUUUAUCAACCGGACAUCCGUUAUUCUCCGCACUAUUCAAGAUAAGAAAUGAAGUACGAAUAAAGGAGUUGAAAAACUACCAAGCCGAGCACAUUCGUAUGGAAGAAGAAUAG